AUGUCAAGCACAAGCAUUUCCUUAUUGUGUGAAGCAAGUGAAGAAGAUGAGCUGUUUACAUUUUAUGAAAACUACUUCAAAACCACGCACGUCAAAUCAUGGAAAGUAUUAGACUUAUUUAAAGCAUUGCUGGCUGAAUACAAGCCAAUUUCAUACGAUUGCAUGUCGAUUUUUGUUCAUACUUUCAAAAGAUUUGGACAAAAUUAUACUUCCAAUAAUGUCAAGAUACAGCAUACCAUGAAAAACUUGUUAAAUAAGUGCGACAAUGUUAUUAACUCUGACUUGGCAAGAACGCUCGUGAUGAAAGAACGUGUAGAGCAAUCGAGACUUUUAUACUGUACUCAUGUUGAUGAUGAUGUAUUGAAGGACAAGACCAAUGUAAUAAAUCAAAAUGUAGUACAUCCAAUUACUUCUCCAUUAUCCAACCAAAUAUCAAGUUUAAAAGUGACCCCACAAUCAUCUUCAUCGUCAAGUACAUUAGCAGCAACAACAUCCACAUCAUCAAAUAUACCAUCAACGCUGAAGAGAGUCGACAAUGAUGAUCCAUUACCCUCAUCUCAAAACAAAAGAAGAAAUCGUUUAAGUGUAAACUAUGUCAAAGGGCUGAGCUUAGGUGAAAAGUUACAAUACUUAGCUGAUUAUUAUGGCAUUUGCAAAUCAGCGGAAAUCCGCGUAACGAUACUUUUGAAACGAGCAGGAAUAGCACCAGGGGAUACGAGGUCCAAC